UAUUCUUUUGGUCAAGAAAAAAAAACAUAACCAACACAAACCAAUCUCAUUAGUUUCUUCACAUUAUUGUAUAACAAACAUGUCUGACAUUGCUAUGUUAGUUGCUGAGGAGUAUGAGAGAAGGGUCAAGAGUUUGAAAACCACAGCUGCUACUUCUAAUGAUGGUGCUGUAAAAACAUGGGAGAUUGACAUUUCUUAUUUUUCACUAUUGCUUUCCAAGUUGAAGGAGGAGAAGAAACAUCUUGUUAAGUGUUUAUUGGAACCCAAAACACAAUUUGCUGUUGCUGCUUCCAACAGCUUCUUUUCUGCUUGAUCAAACAACAUGUUCUGCAGUGUGUUUGAUUGUGUAAUUUGUUUUUCUUGUCUUCUAAUUUUUUAUGAAGUCUUGUGUACAUAUAGUUAUGUUUGGAAUUUGGAACCCAAUUAAAGGUUGUGACAGCGGUUCUAUCACUUGUUUAUAUGUUUGAUUUAGAGAUAUAAAUGACUCCAAUCGAACACUUUUUAUUAAAUUUAAAGCUGAGUUAACUUGUAGAA